UCCACUCGCCAUACUCAAUGACUUGUGUCUCGGUCGGUGCGUUGUCGCCAUCUUCCGCCAGUUCUGUUACCGACCUCACCGGAGCGUCACAUCAGACCGCCGGUGGGCGAGUCCCGGGUGUGUCUGUCUGCCUGCCAAAGAGCGGCCGUGCGAGCGAGCGAGCGAGUGUGCGUUCAGGAAAGCACGCUAACCACACCGAGUGAGAAAGGAAAUAAAAUGCUGGGGAACUGAAAGCAGUCACAUCUUCAUCAUUAAACACUUGUUGUUGUUUUUUUUUUUUGCUUCUGGAGGACUGAAGCAUGAAGAAACAUCUCAGCCCCGCGAAGGGACCACUGGACGUCACCGUGCCAGACACCGAGGCGACCAUACAACAACUCAACAAACUGCUGUCCAACGGCAGCGGUUUCUACAGCCUCCCAGCACAACAUUUCAACGAGGUCUUUCCCAAGAUUUACAUCGGCAAUGCGUUUGUGGCCCAGAAUGUGAUGCGUCUGCAGCGGCUGGGUGUGACACACAUACUGAAUGUCGCAGAGGGAAACUCUUUCAUGCAUGUGAACACCAACGCAGAGUUCUACACAGGAACUGGGAUCACGUACCAUGGCAUACAGGCUAAUGACACUGAGCAGUUCAACAUCAGUGACUUCUUUGAGGAAGCGGCAGACUUCAUCGAUAAGGCUCUGGCACAUGGAAAAGGAAAGGUGUAUGUUCACUGCCGUGAGGGCUACAGCCGUUCGCCCACUAUCGUCAUCGCUUACCUCAUGCUCCAUCACAAGAUGGAUGUACGAGUUGCCACGGCUACAGUAAGACACAAGAGAGAGAUCGGCCCGAAUGAUGGAUUCCUGCGCCAGCUGUGCCAACUCAACGAAAAGCUGGCAAAGGAGGGAAAAUUGAAGACCAAAUGAUAGAAUGUGCUCUACCCCCACACAUAUUUACAAAUGCAGGCACACGGUCAAACUAGUGUGCUCUAUUUCCAGUCCAAGUAUAUUAACAGAAUGUUUGCAAACAGUACAUCCAGAGCAUAAGCAUGGAGGUAUACAAAGUGUAUUCAAACACACUUACACAUACACACUCACACAAGGUGUUGUCAGUGUCCUGAGUAAAUACUCCUGCUUCCAGAUGGCUUGUAAAAGGUAAUUUACUGGCAUAUCUGAAUAAUUAAGGCUGUAGAAGGAGCAGUAUUUUAUGUCAUCACAACUGCUUUGUUUUUGCAUCAUCCCCCAUGAUAAUUAGUUUCCGUUUUUCACUAGGUACACCUAAAGCAUUCCAGUAGCCAACUUUGUGUAUAUCUCACAAAUUCAACUUUUGGAGCAUAUUAGCCCAACUGUCAUCUGCGAAGAUUGUAAAGUAGAGCACAAUCAUCAGUUGGGUUCCUAAUUGCCAGAAAUACUGUGAUUGCUCAUCCCUUUUCUAUUUGUAUGUGGAGGAAUAUGAUAUUUAGGUAUAAAUAUACACCUUUGAACCCAUUUACAGACCUACAGCCAGAUUUUUGAUAGCUUUCCAGCAUUUUAAAUCAGGACUUAACAGGAGGACAAAACUGUUGUGUAACAGCACACACCCCAUUCGCUCACCACAAAAUAAAUUAACAUUCCACGUUGUACCGAAUGGUAGCAUACAAUCAACGAUUUAUAUCUACAACAAGCCAACCAUAUGUGGUAGCUUGGAUUCAACAGACGCUACAAACAGGUUCAACCCGGUUCUAUGCAGCAGUGAUAAUGCAUCAGCCCCAUUAGAUCUCUUUACUCUGGAAUCACUGUCUCUCACUGCCAAGUCUCAUGCCACAUUUUGUCUACCACAAGAUCACAGUCAGCCUUGACCAGAGAGACACGUCCGAUAGAUGGAGAGCCUCUGCCAUACCAACUGCCUAAUGAUGUGCCCUUACACAAGGUUUUUUAUCCAGAGGCCUAGUGCCCCUUCACACUGCUAGUUCAGAGACUGCAAGAAGCAUGUCAGUGAAAUCAGAUUUUUAAGGGUAGCUGUUGAAUUAGAUUAGGUCUACUCCGGCCUCAGCUUUGUCCUUAAAACAGAAUCACUUUAGCACUGGAACUAACUCAUUUUGCUGCACUGUUGGAUUCUUUCAGGUUUUAAAAGGGUCAUAUCAUACAUAUUUUUAUCAUUUAAUUAUUUCCCCCGAGGUCCACUUAUAAUGUUAGUCCAAUUAAACAGGCCGUUUUUGCUGCUGUGCCUUUAAGACUUCUAUGUAAGCAUCCUCUUUGCAUGUGAAAAGGAGUUACACUGAUUUGAGAUUCACAGAAUGGUCUGCACUGAAAUGUGUGGUUUAAACCACUCCAAUCAGACUGAAAUACAGACAGACAGUAACAGCAGAACUUUCCCACAUUUUACUCUUAUCAUUAGUAAUUCAGUUUAGGAAUAAACAUAUCCUUUUUCUGUAUAGCUUCUUUGGGACUGGUUUGGCUACAUUGAUGUGUAUAUAUGGGGGGUCAUAUGUUUCAAAAAUGUCAGCAUUUCAGAAUAAGACAUUUGUGUAGCUUAGCUUCAGUAAAUGGCCUUUUUUGACUGGGGAGGAAGUUUUGAUUUCUUAAAGUUAACUCAAAAAUGAGAUUUCUCAUAAUAUGACCUCUUUAAAGAAGAACCAGCAUCAUUUCAUUUGAAAUAAGUGCAUGCGGCAGUUUUGAACACGUAGCUUUUUGAAUUAUUCUAAUUUCUCUUGUCAAAUUUGAUUGAUCUAAUAUAAAUAGCUCCUGGGCCUCUGCAUAUUUAUUACUGAGGGAAAAUACUAUAGUACAAAUUGUAGGCUAGAGUAUAACACAAAGCACUACUUAUGCCUCUUUUUUAAUAUUUCUAUAUUCCACAUAUAUAUACUUGUAUAUACAUAUUUAGAUGUUGACAUAUAUGAAUGUAUGAACUGUCCAUAAUAUUUGUGUAUGACCAGUAUCUAUUAACAGUAGAAAUAUCUAAUAUAUUGUAGUCAAUAUCCACAUUUUUUUUUUAAAUUCCAUGAAUGCCAUGGCACACUUACCAAAAAACACCACUUUUGUUGCAUACACCCAUUGCUAGAAACUUCAAUAUUAUCUAGUUUUUCUUUUCACUCUGAUGGAGAGUUGUUUGCUUUAUUAUUUUCUCUUUAAAAUCAUUUACUUUGUAUUAGAGGAUUAAAGUCUGUUUUCACAGGUAACACUGUUGCAGGCUACCUCACAACAUUCAUACUACUGUAGCUAAUCCCCAAUAAUUUUAACUUGUAGUUUAUUUUGUCUAAGAAUAUUUAAAAUGGACAAAUACCUAUAUGUACGAAAGCAUUCAAACUAUAAACAUUCCUUUAUUAUAAUCUGGAGACCUAGGCUUUAUACAACCUAACCUACUGUAGCUAUGGAAACCUGUGUGCCGCCCCCCCCCCCAAAAAAAAAGAAAAAAAGAAGAAAAAAAGUGAACCAAUGAUGAUGCUUUGUGCCAGUGGCAAACAAAUGGAGUUUAGCAGUCAUUACAACUGAACUGAAAUCUGCCUGUGCUUUGAAAGUUUUUAGCAGCAACUUUUAACAACGAAAAGCAACAAUAACGCAUUUUGAACAAGCAUAUUUAGAAAUUUCAACACAAAGAUGUGUUUGCUGGCCCUGUUGGCUACAAGGCUUCAUCAGAAGAAGAACACGUUUUCUGAUCUGGAUCUAUGGAAGGAGAAACACUGCCAUCUGCUGUUGAUAACCCAUGUGAUUUGCACAAACUGUCCUGCUAUGUAUUGCCUUUAUGUAUCGAUUGUAUGUUACACAGUGUAUAGAAAUUGUAAACAAUGUAAUUAUACAGGGAAGAUUAAGUGAAAAUGGUUGUACCACUAUAUGGCUUAAUGAUGUCAGUAGUAUAUAACAGUUAAUCACAAUGCUGCUUGGUCAUUUUGUAUUUAUGUGUGAUAUUUUUGUUUUUAAUAACAAAGAUGUUGAGGAAAAACUACCCAAGACUGAACACAAACUAAGGUGUCUAAAGUGAUGCAUUUUUUGAUGCACGUGUAUUUUUGGGCAUCAGUGCAAAGUAUUGUCUGUGCAUUUUUGCUUCAGAGUUUGUUUUGUCCAUGUGUACAAGCAAUUAGUUGCAUUCAUGUGUGCACACUCACUUGCUCAAAUGCCGCUGACUACACGUAACUCUAUAUCGUCUAUGUGCCGUCUCUUACUCCUGUAUGCUUCGUGUUGUUGCUGUAAUGUGAUAUUGUAAAUGAUUGACCACUUGUUUGUUGUGAAGGACAUGGAAACCUCAGCAGUUGCUAAUUUGGCUGGAGGGUUUGGCACAAAUAUUCACACUCUCAAAUUAUGUUUUGCAUUUUGAGUUUGGGAGUUGCUUGAUGGGACUAAACGACAGAAUUAUGAUUUCAUUUUAAUCUGACUUAAUCAGGAAAGGAAUUACCGAAUGCUUGAAAUGGAGGUCAAAUGAAUGCAUUCACAUGACACAGGCUGUCUAAACAUCCCACCUUAAAGCCUUAUCCUGAAGAUGGAUUAUAUAUUUUUGAUUCAUGUCUUCACUUCACAAAGCAAGGUGUACCGCUUCUACACUUUGUUGAAGUGCACUUGAUUAAAUCAGUUAUUUUUCUUACAUUGGAAUAUGUUCUUUCGUUUUAUGAUGUCAGAAAAUAAAUGGCAAAAAUGAAAA